AUGCGAAGAAAUCAAAAUGCAGAGUUUGGUCAAAAAGACAGAAAUACCCGAAAAGACUGUGAAAAAGCUAAAAAUACAAAACUGAGAACAAGAAAACUUCAGCUGAAUGUCAAGCAGGACACUGACAGCAUGAAUGCUUUCAGACGAAAACAAGCAUCCCUGGCCGCUCCGACAGCUCCUCGGACAACGCCUGGCUCCCGCAUUGACAGCGAUUCCGAGCAGGACACGCCAGCUCAGUUCACCCGUGGGCUGGGUGCGGGAGUCCGAGCGGGACCCACCACCGCCCCGACCGCCCGGCCCUUGCCAGCGCCCCGCGGCACGGCGCGGCUCUUCGUCCCUCGCCCACAGCCAGGGCACCCGCCGCAGACCCCACCGUCCGGCCUGGCAGCCCCGACACCGACACCCUCCCCUCCUUCUCCUCCUCCCCCGGCUCUCCCUCACCUCGACGCCCCUCCGAGCCCUCCGGACCGGGAGUCCGUCUCUCCGUCCCGUCCCCCCGCCCCGGGCGGGGCCCGCUCCCCUCACCCGUCCCCGAUGGGCUCCCCCACCACACACCGACGGCGGCGGGACAGGACGGUCCCGGGGGGACCCCGCUCCCCCGCCGGAGCCGUUGGCACGGCCGCAGCCACCUCACCCCGGCGGCUCCCCCGGCCCCGCGCCCUGCCCGGCUGGCCCCGGCGGCAACUGGCGCCCCCUCCUCAGGGUGCCCCUCCGCGGGCACUGCGCCGCCGCUCUCCCCGGGGCAAGGGGUACUGCUGCCCUCGGCUCCCGCCCGCCGGCCACCUGCCCUCCCCCGAGGGGUUCCCUCCGGCCGCCCCCGGGCAGCGAGGACUCAGAGCCGUCGUCCUGUCCCGUCCCGUCCCGUCCCGCCGGCCGCCCCCGCACGCACCCGUCACCCGCCGCUGCCGCCAUCUUGGGCGCCCCGAGCCGCAGCCUCCUCGGAGCGGCCCCUCGGCGACGUCAGCGCCGCGCAGAGGCCGCCCCCCCCCCCGCCCCGCGUGCCCCCCCCGCGCCCGCUCGGCGCGGGGAUCCCUGCUCCCUCAGCCGCUGGGGUCGGGGACCCGCCGGGACACACGCGGCGUCGAGCCGGCGGGGGAGCGCCGGUAG